UGUGAAUGGUUUGGUGUGUGGUGAAUUUGGUGGAUUUCUUUUGAUAAAUCCAAUUCAAAAUGAAAAUUAUAUUCCAAUUAUAAAAAGAUUGAAAGAGGUUUCGUUUCCAAACAGCUUCAUUUGUGUGGUUCUGCGUUUACCCUUCAAAAAGGACAAUCGUGGUGAACAAUUCGUCUCUACUGAAAAAGGCUGUGUUUAGUAACAAGCUUGCAGUUUUAGUCCCUUCACAAACAGUUUUGGGUGUGUGCGAAAAACUUGUUUCCAUCGAAUAAUGUCAGCCCAAUCCGAAGAUGAUAUUUCGUCGGAGUCAGUAAAAGAGUUGCGUGAAAGAUUAUCAAAAAUGAAGCGUUCCCUAGCUGAAAGACAAGCAGCGGCCGGAAGAAAUCCAUCUAUUGAUAAUAUUCUUUCUUCUAAUCAAACAGCGAGACAGGCAGGAAUAAUUGAUGCUAAUUUUCUUAGUUUUGCACUUUGUGGUGCUCUUGGUGUCAUAGUGGUAGUGGCCAUAUAUGCAUUUUAUUCGCUUUAUAACGCAGUGCUGAAGAAGUUUCCAUCGCACCAUACCGAAUUGUAACUUUUAUUUUUAUUUUUAUUUUUAUUUAUUUACACACCGCCAAAAAACUGGCUAAAUAUUCAGUUUUGCAGUAAAAUGACUCCAACUUAAUAAAAUUAAUAUGAGCUACGUCAUCCGGUUUCAAUCACAAAUUUCUCGAUACAUGUUAAGAAAAUUGCAUUCAGUACAGUAACUCACAUUUAUUUAUUUAUAAAUAAUAAACAACAAUUCAUCUCA